AAUAGGCAGCUGCAAAGCCUUAGGAACCAGAUGAAGAAAGGCUUGCACAAGUAAACAGCUUUAGAAGAAAUUGAAGGAGAGAUUGCAUGCAGCAUGGAUGAACUUCAUGAUUCUGGGGUAAAAAUGGUUCAAUACCUGCAAAUGAACUACAAGGGUUCUGAAGACUGGUUCAUGUUUGUGUCCCUUGCAGCUGACCUGAGAAACACGUUUCUCAUCUUCUUUCCCAUUUGUUUCCAUCUGUGCAAGUCUGUGGGCAUUAAACUUAUCUGGGUUGCUGUGGUUGGUGACUGGCUCAACCUUGUGUUUAAAUGGAUUCUCUUUGGUCAGAGGCCAUAUUGGUGGGUUUAUGACACAGACUUUUACAACAACAUGUCUACGCCAAUCAUACAGCAGUUUCCCGUCACCUGUGAGACUGGCCCAGGAAGCCCAUCUGGGCAUGCCAUGGGAUCUUCUGGCGUCUAUUAUGUGAUGGUGACAUCAUUAACAGCACUCUUUCUUAAGAAGAAGCGCGCUCUCUCUUUCAAGAACAGGUGUCUUCAGGUCUUUCUUUGGACUGGGUUCUGGGCUGUUCAGGCCUGUGUGUGCUUGUCUCGAGUUUUCCUUGCUGCUCAUUUUCCUCAUCAAGUCAUUUCUGGAGUUAUUUCAGGUAUCAUGGUGGCUGAAAUAUUUGAUCACAUCCAAGCCAUCUACAAAGCAAGUCUGAAGAAAUACAUCUGUACCACCCUCUUCAUGUUCUCCUUUGCUCUGGGUUUUUACUUCCUCUUAAAAUCUGUUGGUGUGGAUCUCCUAUGGACACUAGAAAAAGCCAAGAAAUGGUGUGCAAAACCUGAAUGGAUCUACAUUGAUACUACUCCUUUUGCUGGGCUCUGUAGAAAUCUGGGUAUUUUCUUUGGCUUAGGUCUAGCACUGAACUCACAGAUGUACAAGGACAGUUGCAGGGGGAAACUUGCAAACCAGUUUACUUUCCGCAUCUGGUGCAUAGUAGCAUCUCUAUUUGUUCUCCACAUUUUUGACAACUUCAAGCCACCCACCAAAGUUGAAAUGCUUUUCUAUAUCUUGUCUUUCUUUAAAAGUAUUGCUGUCCCUUUAACAUGUGUGGGCAUUGUACCUUAUUGUGUGUCUCAAGUUAUAAACAGAAAAGAGAAAUUUCUGUAAGAGCUACAACAACUCACUCUGUUUAUAAUUCCAAACUUAUUUAUAUUCAUGGACAUUUGUGAAUAGUGAUGCAUAUGAAUGAGAACAGUUACAUGAAUCCAGAACAACUGAUAAUAUGUUAAAUGUUGUAAAGAAAAUAAUUUGUAUGUAAAAAUAUGUUAUAUCCAUACGCAGGAACUCGUGGGGAACCACCGCUUCUCCAGGUCAACACUCAAAUCCUUCAGGUGAUGAGAACGGGGUCCUGACAUGCCCCACUCCCCGCCCAUUUCCCCUUGAGGGUGUUUUCUUUGAUGUCAGUGGGAAGGGCCACUGACAUUAGCGGGACCGCCCACCAACAUCAGCAGGCAGUCCUGGCCAUGUCCCGCAGGGGUAGACUCCGGUCAGCCCAAAAGUUCCUAGGUAUAGUUAUAUCCAUAACAAAAAGUGACCAAAAAAGCUUUUUUUUAUUGUUUUAUAUACCAGGAUCAGAAUAAACUAUAACAAAAAAGUAAUGGAGCUAAAGCGAAUACACACAAAGUAUUAACUUACAUUGUAUGUAAGCACUAUUUAUGAGCUUUGGUACAGUGCAAAAUGCUUUAUAAGUUUUGUUUGAGAAUGACAGUAUUUUAGUUUAAAUGGAUGAAACAUGAGUGAGAACAGAGUGAAACACAACAUUUGGUUUCUGAUUGCAGAUCAGAGUAUUAAUGCUGUUUUUAGAAUUACGUACAAACAUUUUUUGUUCAAAAUAAUAGCUGUAUGAAGUUGUUGACAUAAAUAAACAUUUGUAGGAAUGGUUUUCUAA